CCCUGGGCGGCCCCGAGGGCUGUGCCCGCCUUCUUCCUGCCGCAGAGACCCCGGGCUCCGAAGGCCGGGUCAAGCCGCAGAGGAGGAGGAGGGUCGGGGGGCAGAGCAGGCGGGCCAUGCCCCGGUGGUCCCGCGCCGCCCUGUUUUGGGACUUGGUCCUGGGCGUACUGGGCACCGCCGCCUUCUUGCUCGACCUGGGCGCCGACCUGUGGGCCGCGGGCCAGUAUCUGCGCAGCGGCCGCUACCUGUGGGCCGCGCUGGUGCUGGCGCUGCUGUUGCUCGCCUCGGUCGCCCUGCAGCUCUUCAGCUGGAUCUGGCUGCGUGCGGACCCCGCCGGCCUGCACGGGUCGCAGCCGUCCAGCCGCUGCCUGGAGCUGCUGCAUCUCCUGCAGCUGGGCUACCUGUACAGGUGCCUGGUGCAGCUGCAGCAGGGGCUGCUGGUGCGGCAGGAGGUGCCCUCAGAGUUUGACUUGGCCUACGCCGACUUCCUCUCGCUGGACAUCAGCAUGUUGCGGCUCUUCGAAACCUUCUUGGAGACGACGCCACAGCUAACGCUGGUGCUGGCCAUCGUGCUGCAGAGUGGCCGGACUGAGUACUACCAGUGGGUUGGCAUCUGCACAUCCUUCCUGGGCAUCUCGUGGGCGUUGCUUGACUACCACCGGGCCUUGCGUACCUGCCUUCCCUCCAAAACCCUCCUGGGGCUGGGCUCCUCCGUCAUCUACUUCCUGUGGAAUCUGCUGCUGCUGUGGCCCCGAAUCCUGGCCGUGGCCCUGUUCUCUGCCCUCUUCCCCCGCUACGUGGCCUUGCACUUCCUGGGCCUGUGGCUGGUACUGCUGCUCUGGGUCUGGCUUCAGGGCACGGACUUUAUGCCUGACGCCUGCUCCGAAUGGCUGUACCGGGCAGCAGUGGCCACCAUCCUGUAUUCCUGGUUCAACGUGGCUGAGGGCCGCACCCGAGGCCGGGCCACCAUCCACCUGGUGUUCCUCCUGAGUGACAGCAGUCUCCUGGUGGCCACGUGGGUGACUCACAGUGCCUGGCUGCCUGGUGGGAUCUCGUUGCAAGUGUUGCUGCCUGUAGGAGGCUUCUGCUUCCUUUUGGGCCUGGCUCUGCGGCUUGUCUACUAUCGCUGGCUGCACCCCAGCUGCCCCUGGAAGCUUGACCAGGUGGAUGGGGCCCGGGGCCUCCUCUCCCUCGAGUGGUGUCAGCUGCCUCAGAACAGACGCAUCACCCAGUUGGCUCAGAACUUUUUCCCCAAGGCUAAGGAUGAGGCUGCUUUGUCAGGGAAGGGAGAGGUGAAUGGGGUCCUUUGAGCCCAGGGUCAGGAACAAAUGGACAGUGAAUUGAUUGGUAGAAGGCAGGAGAAGAUAAGCUAAUUGUGCUGCUAUGGGCCUUGAUUCACUCAGCAAGAGCUUAAUGCCUGAUCUGUGCUAGGCACUGAGGACCAGAGUUGAGUAAGACAUAGGCCUGCCUUCAAGGACUUCACAAUGUGAACAAGAUCAGGAAGCUGGGCCCUGGAGGGUCAGUGGGCCUCAAUUAUGUACAAGACACUUUGGAAGGAAAGAUAUCCACCCUGCCCCCCCAGCCAAUAUGGUUGGUGGCUCCAAAGCUCCCCAUUGAUGGUAUUUUCACCUCUCUGGCCACCUCUAAAACAGUUGGUGGAGGUGCUGUCACCCCCCACCCCCAUUCCCCUAUCAUGAGAGAGAAGGCUCCAGGAUCUCCAGGUUGUGUUUUUAAGAAUUCAUUCAAUUCACUCAACAAAUGUUUACUGAGUCUUUUAAGUGCCAGAAACAUCAUUCUGGCCUUGUAAUCUGGAACAAUGUCAGCUGCCACUUUAGCUUCAUCUUCCUUCCUCUCCAACCAGUCCUGGGUAGGAUCUCAAAUGCUACCAUUUGAGAAUGACCCAGGGAUACCCAAUUCUGGCUGGCCCCUGUAAGCUCCUCCAGGUCUUAGUGCGACUGCCUCAACCUCUGCUCCUGCUCUCAAGGGGCCACCUUCCUACCAAGUGCCUGUGAGCCUGUGGUCUGGGCCUUGGCUCAGCCCUCUGAGGACUGUUUUAUUUUUUAGCCAAUGUACCUCCUACCUCAGAGUUCAUGUGAUAUUUAGACGAUGAAUGCAUACGUUUUUCUGUGAGAGAUGUGUUUUGUGUUUUUAACAGUAUUAUUAGGUUGUUAUUAAAACCUCACAAAAUCCUCUAGUCUGUGUCAUUAAACUAAAUCUACUACAGAGUUCAAAGCCUCCUGGAAAGAAGGGGUGAAUGAUGCAAAUCUACCCCUCAAAACUGGUAAAGGUUUCAGAGACCAGAGAUGGGAUGGGUUGGCUCAGGACUUCCAAACCUUGUUUUCCAAGUUUCAGGAGUGGUGAGUGAGCAUGUCGUCAGUUCAACUCGACAUCAGUACCCAGAUCUUAACUACCAGCUCUGCUGCUGGGGCUGGCAGGAGAAGCCACAAAUACCUCUAGUAUCAGGAAGUGAUAUGAGAGCCCAGAUGAAGAAAGAUGUUUUGUUUGGAGCUUAGCAGAGGGGUUUAGUGAUGAGGUGACUUAUGGGCUGUGGAUCCCUAUGCUGCUCUGGGAGGUCUGUGGUUUGAUGUUGGUUUGGUGUUUAAAAUUUAGGACUUUUUGGUUUAGGCUUCCUUGGGGCCAGGGGAGGGCAUCUUAUGAUAGCCUUCAUCAUGGAGGGUGCAGUUCUUUUGGCAUCUACACAUAUGGAAGAGGUUGUUCU